GGAAGGGAGGCGGCGGCAGGAGGAGGAGCAGGACGCCUCGCCGUGCCGCCGCAGCCGGGAGCCGAGAGCGGGGCGGCCGCAUGUGCGAAGUGGGAACCCGGCCGCCGCUGGCCGCCGAACGCGGGGAGCCGCCCGGGGGAGCCGCCGCCGCCGCCUCCGAGAGGUGCCGAGACAUGGGAGAACAGCCCAUCUUCACCACCAGAGCCCAUGUCUUCCAAAUUGACCCCAGCACGAAGAAGAACUGGGUCCCCGCAAGCAAGCAGGCUGUAACUGUUUCCUACUUCUAUGACAGCACGAGAAACAGCUAUCGGAUUAUCAGUGUGGAUGGAGCCAAGGUGAUCAUAAACAGCACAAUCACCCCCAACAUGACCUUCACCAAAACCUCGCAGAAAUUCGGCCAGUGGGCGGACAGCAGAGCCAACACUGUGUUUGGGUUGGGCUUUCCCUCUGAGCAGCAGCUGUCCAAGUUUGCAGAGAAAUUCCAAGAAGUGAAAGAGGCUGCCAAGCUAGCAAGAGACAGAUCUCAAGAGAAAAUUGAGACCUCAAGUAAUCAUUCACAGGAAUCUGGGCGUGAAACACCAUCUUCCACCCGAGCAUCUAGUGUGAAUGGGACAGAUGAUGAGAAGGCAUCCCACGGUGGUUCUGCUGAGGCACAGCUCAAAUCUGAGAAUGAUAAACUAAAAAUUGCUCUAGCCCAAAGUUCCUCCAAUGUAAAGAAGUGGGAGACAGAGCUGCAGACACUGAGGGAGAGCAAUGCCCGUCUGACCACAGCGCUGCAGGAGUCGGCUGCCAGCAUAGAGCACUGGAAGAAGCAGUUCUCAGCCUGCAAGGAGGAGAAUGACCAGCUCAGAAGCAAGAUUGAAGAACUGGAGGAGCAGUGCAAUGAAAUCAAUAAAGAGAAGGAAAGAAACGCACAGCUGAGCAGACGUCUCCAGGAGCUGGAAACAGAGCUUCAAGACAAAGAGCUGGAACUGGAAGAGCUCCGAAAGCAGGGUGAAAUUAUACCACAGCUCAUGUCAGAAUGUGAAUCUGUAUCUCAACAAUUACAGGAUGCUGAGAAUAAGAACAAAGAUCUUGAAGAGAAAGUCAGAACACUAAGGACAGAAGUUGAAGAAAGCAAACACAGGCAGACCAACCUUAAAACUGAAUUAAAGAAUUUUUUAGAUGUACUAGAUGGGAAGAUAGAUGAAUUACACGAUUUCCGACAAGGACUGUCUAAGCUUGGAGUUGACAACUAGAUGGCAAUAGAUUUUUGUAAUCUAGGGUCUGGAUGUUUGAUGUUUUGUUGAUCCCAAUCAUGUGUUUUACAAAAUAUAACUAGAAUGUUCCACCUGUUUGCAUUGUUUUUGUACAUAGAGGCUGAAAAUUUGCUGUAGGUUAUUUUGGGUUUUUGUUUAUUUGUUUGUUUUCCAAACCAAUUGUGCUGCUCACUGAAUUCUUUUGAGGUUAGAAACUUUCUAUGCUGCUGCUCCAGCUUUGUGGGGUUGGGAACAGGUAGAGGGUUCUGUCUCAGGAAUCUGGAACUAGAUCUACCUUAAAAUGAAUAUGCAGUUAGUUGUUGCAGGGAAAUUUAUAUCUUUCUUAAGGGCUGUUGCAACCAUAGAAACGGAAAACAAGUCUUUUUUUUUUUUUUUCCAAACUAUCAGCACUCCUAGCAACGUAUCCUUUUAUUCCUUGGCCAAGCAGAGAGAUUAGAUGGAGCUCCUGCAGUCUGUAAAUCAGCCUGGUAAAAUGUGCCUGUGAUGAGCUGCAGCCAAGUGAAUCACUUGACAUGCAUGCCAGUAUCUUUAGGGACCACAUCGAUCAGGCCUGAUUCAGAGAGUAAAAUCUAGAGGAUUUCACAUAACCUUCAAUUCAGGCUGCAUGUGCUUGCUUGGGUCCAUGCAGUGCCAAGACAACAGUGUAGAAAUGAAUUCCAGCUCUAACACUUCAAGUCACACAUUACCCAUAGGUGAGGACAGCUCCUCUUGCUUAGCAAGGCCAUCUCUCUUUUGAACCAUCAUCUCAGUUUUGAACCCUUACUGUGCAGUCACUGCGUGUGCCUCUGAAAAGUGCGCACCUGAUUCUUGGGACCAGAUUUUAAUUGUAGGAGGGGACAUACUGCUGCUUUGUACGCAGUGCCCGUGCACCUCUGCUCACCUCCAUCACUGCUGCUCGGCUGCCACAGCAGGGGCACAGGAGGUGUGAUCAGAAAAGCAUCAGGAGGUCAUAGGAAGCAGCUUCCUGCCCAGGAGACUUGCAGGUAAUGACUGCAUGAAACCAAAACCCCUUUCUUUCCUAUGAUUCCUGCGUUCCCCCCUCAGGGGUCAGGCGGGUGGGAGUUAGUCACUAAGUUAGACUGACCAAAAAAAAAAAGUCCUAACCCAAUCUCUAAGGCAGAAAAUGUAGUCUUUGUUUAUUCAGCAGCUCUAAAUAUGUUUUGAGAAAUGCAGACUUGUACACUGGACGCAGUGAGGACAUUGCUGCAUCACUGACUAAUGUGAGAAGGACCGGAGAGGAGCCCACAUCUUGCUUUUAUCCCUAGGAAUGCCGUCAGCUUCUUCCAUUUCUUUCUCCAUAUCCUGGUUUAAGAUUCUGUUUACACUGCAUCUGAAUUCAUUCAGGAAAGAACUUGUGAUUAUGGAUAUUAUAUUUGCUUCUGUCAGGUGGAAGUUUGGUGAAGCACCAGGUGAGUGCAUUCCAGAAGUGACUGAUUCAGUAGCCAUGCCAUAAUGUUUGCAUAUUAUUUCUUGGGGACUUUUUCUUUCUUGGCGUGUUUCGAUUAUAAAAGUGACCUUUAGAAGAUGUGGGUUAUAGAUGAAACACGCGUUGAAUUAUUUUUUCACGUGGCUCUAUAAUCCACAUGCUGGAGAUGACUUUUGUCUGCCAUUGUCCUAUGAGUUUUCAUUUCAUGCAUUGUGUUACCAUCAUUGCCUAUUGUUCAGACUGGACUUUUUGUACUCUUUUAAUCCUUUUAAAUGACACAUGUGAAGCUGGGACCUUUUAUAGCCACUAUGACCAUUUAAGUCUUUAGAAAAAAAAAUGCUGUAGGCUGUUGAAAUUUAAAAAUAAAAAUAAAAAUCAGGUACAUAGCAUGUAGGCGUGUGAAAAUUAAACUUUGUCAGCCUGGAAUAUUCAACAGUUGCAUAAUGUGGGGUUAGGACAGACUUCUCAAAAUUGAGAAUGACGUCAGAAACUGUGUGUGGUGGUGAGCAAGCAAUCUCCAUUUUUAGUCUAUUUGAUAGCAAGUCCGCAAUCAUGAAACAGGCAGCUUGUCCCGCUUCUCCUCUUUCCCCCAUACUGCUGCAGAGCUCCAUGUGUGGGGGAGCAAUACAGGCAGUCAGGGCUCCUGGUUGCAGUGCUCACCAUGCCUGCACUAAGGACCCUGCUCCGUCUCCUGCUUCCUUUUGUCUGUUAUGUGAUCUUAGGGCUUCUCGCUCUGGUUUUAAUAUAAAAUACGGUCAAAGGAGUGCAAAAGACUCUGCAAAUAAAUAAUUCUAUUGAGAUUAGUCCAGGCUUUUUCCAGCUUUAGUCAGAUCUGUUGCAGAUCCCAGAGCUUGAUUUUAUUCAUUAUUACAGCUCAGGGCUGUGUAAACCCAUAUGGCUGGUGAGGAGGAAUGUCAGCUCUAUAUCCAUUGUACAUGAGGCUGUAUCUCGCCUUGAGCACCCAUGAUCUCACUCUCCACACACAGGUUUCUCCCUCAGAGUGGUGCAUGGCAGGAUGUGUCCUACCUCAGCUGUGUGCUGCAUGUUUGCAAAGGCCUUCUGCCUGGCUCUGAGUGCCACUGCUGCCCCUCAAGUAUGCCCUGCCCUGGUGGCAUCUGGAAAGCUGGGGCUCUGGGAACAGAAAUCUGACACUCUUUAGUGAGAGUGACUGCCUGUCUUCCGUGCUCUCCAGAGAGAUACUCUUCUGACACAGUGUUAGAGCUGCUGGUAGUCUUGGUUUUUCUCUUGGAGCAGUGGCCAAAGUAAGCUGAACAGAUCCAGUAGAAAUGGUCAGUGGCAGAAAAAUGACUUGAGAUGAUUGUCAUCAAGGGGAAUGGAAUGUUUCUCUGGCAUGUUAGUUAGCAUAUUGGAAGAUGACCUUAGCCUAAUUGUUAGAAUAAAUGAGUUCAAAAUGAGAAACUUAAAACUUUGUUUCACAAAGCAAAGUAACACAGUUUAGCCUUUUCCUUUUUUUGCUAUUUGGUUAAGCCUUAUUUGCUGAUUUUUGACUCAAAUUCACAAGUAGUGGUAUUUUCCCAGAAAGUGUAUUUUCAGCAAAAUUAGCAUUUGCCAGUGUUCCCUUGUCCGUGUCUAAUUGGCAUUUCCUUUAUGAAGUGAGCUAAGCGCAAGAGGAACUUACAGUUGUAAGGAAUUCGGUGCCACCUCUCACUUUCUAUACCCAGCAUUCAGAUUACUCUUCUUUAAGAAUGGUUUUACACUUGGUGUACCUGGGCCAUGCUACUCAGGCAAUGCCUUUUUUUUUUUUUUUUUUUUACAAGCC